CCUGAAGGCUUGGGCAAAGGCUGAGGGAGGGUUAUCUCUGCCUUGGUUUGUUUAGAGGCUCUGCCAGAAGCUGGCCCCAAGGAAAUUGUUAACUCAGCGGGCCAUCUUGGGAUCUUAUCAUCUACAGAAGUUGCACAAUUGCCUAAAGCCGCUGGAAUCCCUCCACCCAUCCCCGGCCCGUUUCCUUCUGGGUGUGUGGAAAGAGAGAAUUGAGUCAUUUGUUUUGAAAGGGAUGGCUCAGAGGGAGCACAAGCGAAGCGUGACGUCAGGAAGCACGGAAAACCUCAGAAACGGGCCGGAUUCUUUUUACCUGCCUUGGGUGCAGAAGGGUGAUUCCAAGGGCGUGGGCCAGGUUCUCCUUCCUUCCUCGUUCCAGGCUAUCGUCCUGGUUCACUGGCUGCUGACGAUAUGGGGCUGCAUGUACCCCUGGCUGCCCAACACCUACGCCUGGAGCAACUUCACCAUCCUCGCCCUGGGCGUCUGGGCAAUUGCUGAGCGGGACUCGGUGGACGCCAUCUUCAUGUUCCUCGUGGGCUUGCUCCUCACCAUCCUGACGGACAUCGUCCACAUCAGCCUCUACUACCAGCACUCGGAGAAGUGGCUGACGGACACCACGCGCUUCUGCACCGGCAUGGCCAUCUUCAGCCUCCUCCUCAAGCCCCUGUCUUGCUUCUUCGCCUACCAGAUGUACCGCGAGCGGGGCGGGGAGUACGCCCUGAACCUAGGUGUGCUUGGCGUCAGCCAGGAUACCAGUGCCUACCAGUCUAUCGACACGCCUGACCCGCCACGCCCGUACCCCGGCGUGGACAGCAAGGCCGCCCAGCCGCCCCCUUACUGAUGCCCUCUUGGGGAGCUGAAGCCGCCGGCCCCUCUCCUUUGGAAAGGACCCCUUUCUCCCGGGGGGCCGUUCCCGCUGGAGGAGAAGUUUUUUUCUGUGAAAAUGUCAGGUGGCAUUUAAGAAUUCUGCAAAAAUUCUGUGGCGCACUCCGACCCAGCUCACAUCUGCCAGCAGCUUGGAAAAUUGGUGUUUUAAAGCGUGAACGUCCCGGGGGUCUCUCUCUUCUUCCCCUGCCUCGUGGGGGAAGUUGCUGAUGGCUUCUAAAUCGGUGCGAAUGCCUCUGUUAAAGGGGAGGACGCUCCACCCUGGCCUUCUUUGCACAGACUUAGCUCCCUCGAAAAGGUGUGCUUGUCAAGAGGCGACAGGCGCACGGUUCAAGCACAGCUCUUCUGCAGGGGCAUCCAGCGCUGGCUCGGGGAAUUCCUGGCCAACCUGGCCUGGCUGAUGUUUGCAGAAGACGGUGGUUGGAAGAAUGGCUGAGGAUAGCUGCAGGAGGCGGCGAACCUGUCCUCAAUCCACUGCCCUUUUCUUCCCAGGAACCGCUACAGUGCCUUCCCACUCUUUUCCCUGGGGCUCGAUUUCCAGGGCGCCUGAGAAUUAAAGAUGGUUUUUAAUAAAAUGUUUCUCAAUCAA